UGAAACUACAGUGCAGCACCUUCGUUUUCUCGUAUAUCUGGGAUAACUUGUUUUUAUCGCUUGCUAUUAGCGUUACUUAGCAUGCUGUUUUGUGUGUGUCAGGUUGUGGGGAGGUAUGGAGGUGUCUGUCUGUUGAGACAUGAAAUUGAAACUCUCACUUAAGUGUGAGCAAGAGGUGUCUGUCCAGGGCUGACUCGUAAUGAAACCGCGAAGCAGUGUUCAUUUCAUCAAAGUGGCGCAACCCAUUCAUGUAGGCAUGUUGGCACUAAAAACACACACGUUUUUAGAAGUGUUUAUUACAUGUGUUUAUUUAUUUUAUCAUAGCUCCAUGGCUAAAAGGGAGUGGUUCCAAUCUGAAAAUAGAGACUGCAUCGUGCAGAAAAAAAAUUAAUUCAGUUACCAAUGGUGCACUUUCACAGUGGCAUUAAUCCAACAAAUCUGACAAUUCUUUUUGUAUGCAAAGGCUGAACGAUAAUGCCUGAUGUUUUAAAUGUCCACUCACAUCUGAACUAGAGACUUUUGAGGUGUUGGGAGUCAGUGUUUGUCUGUCACAGUUACUUCAGCUGUCAGAAUAAUCCUGUACAUAAUAAUCCUGUAAUUCUUCAUAAUUCCGGACGUUUGCCACCUCACUUGUUCAAUGUUGACAGUUAACGCUGAAAUUUAAGAUUUAUCAGAUUCUUUUACCAUUAACACACUGUGACGGUCUCAGAUGUGUAGUUUUAGCUAACAGCUGCUGCUACUACUCCAGGUUAAAGAAAUCUCUGUUUGUAAACUUUGCUUUCCCUCUGGGUCCUCACUUGAGUAAUUUGAGAUUAAAAAUCUCUUUUACAAGCGAGACCCGGCCAAGAGAACUGCAAGUAUAACCAUCACGUCACCCAGAUAAAAUAUUAAAUAUUUGCUGUGCUUUUACUAUGGGUUAGUUUACUAUUGUUUAUUUUUACUGUGCUUUACCAGACCUCUCUGUGCUUUACGAUGCUUCCCUAUGCUUUACCAAACCUCUCUGUGCUUUACAAUGCUUCCCUAUGCUUUACCAGACCUCUCUGUGCUUUACAAUGCUUCCCUGUGCUUUACCAGACCUCUGUGCUUUACAAUGCUUCCCUAUGCUUUACCAGACCUCUCUGUGCUUUACAAUGCUUCCCUAUGCUUUACCAGACCUCUCUGUGCUUUACAAUGCUUCCCUAUGCUUUACCAGACCUCUCUGUGCUUUACAAUGCUCCCCUAUGCUUUACCAUGCUUUCACUGUGCUUUGCUACACUUUGCUGUGCUUUCACUAACUUCACACAGAGGUGCCUUUCCUGAGCCGCAGGGUACACCCAAGGUCGCUGUGUGCCUUUCCUUCAGGGUGUCCUGAGGGAGUGAGAUGGCGAGCCACGACAGGGAAGCCGCAUUGCUGAGGAGCUGGAAGCCUCGUCUCAUUGAGGUGCUGGGCGCUGAUCCCGAUCUCAUCCUGCAGCACGUGGACUCUCGCUGCCUCCUGACCCUGCCGGAGUACCGGAGCCUCAAAUCCACCCGCGACCCCUCAGAGAAGACCCGGGACCUGCUGGACCGCAUGAUUGACAAGGGGGGUCCAGCGACCAGCAGCUUCCUGGAGAUCCUCCAACUCCCAGACGUGCUGGAGUCCUUCCCAAAGCUGGAGGAGCUUGGGAGAGAAGCUAAAAGGAGAACGACAAAGAAAAGAAAAGUUGAAGAAGUGGAUACUAGCGAGGACCCCUCUGUGCAAGAUAAAAGAAACGGGCGCUCUUCCGCUGACUGUGUCCAGCAACAGAGCUCUGUGAGCAGCUCUGAUCCCUGCAGCAAACACAAAGGGUGCCAGCUCGUCACUGAGCAGCAGCUGAUGCGCCUGUCCGGGAUGGUGGGUCGAGAGUGGAAGCAGGUGGGCAGGCAGCUCCUGGGGAUCCCGACCCACAAGCUGGAGCACUUUGAGGAGGAGAACCCCCGGAGCCGCACGGAGAGGGUGUUCGCCAUGCUGCUGUACUGGAGGACCAGGGAAGGGGAGGGAGCGACGGCUUCCAAGCUGCACCAGAGACUGACCGCGGAGGGCUCCCCGAUCCACCCCCAGCCCCUCACCUUCCUCCUGGAGCCUUCAUAGCCGUGCGGGUCACCCCUUCUACAAUUUGCUACAGUUUCCCCGUGGUUGUUUUUGCUCACCUCUGCUUUUACCAUGGUUAACUAUUAUAAGGGAUCUUUUAACCCACAAUUACUAUUUCAAAGAAAUAGUCACUAGUCACCAAUAUAAUAUAUAGUACUAUAUAAUACAUAGCAGGGAGAAGCACCUGAAAAUGUGCUCAUCUAGAAGAGUCUAUAUGGUGUAAGAACAUGUGCUAGAUACCUCUUUUCCACUGUACAGUCUUGAACCCACACCUGGCACUGCUCAGCUCUGAGUCACAUUCACAUGCGUUGUAAGCCCAGAGUUUCAUGGUUUUGGUUCUCGUUCGGCUCAAUAAAUCGCCAGCGAGAAACCACCCGUACCCAGGCUCUCCCCGUCUGGCUGUGCCAGUGGAAAGGGGGUAAGAGAUACCGCUGAGAGCAAUGUGGUCUGUAUUUGUUCCUAAUAUAACAGGGUUUGUAAACGACUGGGUUGGAAAGAUGCUGUGCAGAAGAAUCCAGUGCACCAGCGAGCUCUGAGAUAUCACAGAAGCAAAUAAAGAGGUUCACUUUACUAAACUCGCACAUGAUUUCCUCCCUGUUUUUGUACUAGGUUUUCAUAAACUUAAAAA